AUGACGACCCAUUUCGGCUCGUAUAAGCUUUUCCCUCGGCUGAAUGUUCUACGGCAUCUAAAGUCGAUGCAUGUGGCAUACCAUCCUGGACGACAGCACGUUGAGGUGGCCAAGAGGUUAGUGAUGAGCAUAACCAGCGAACCGGUACAGAAAAAAUUCCCGGAAUUCACCGCAACGUGGGAGCUUCUAGCCUAUGACGGUCCGGCUACUAUUGACGUUGAGUUCCUCAAUGGAGACAAGCGGCGGUACAUUGCGGACCACUUCUCUGAUGGUGAAAUGAAUAGUAUUGUAGAGAGCUGGAAACUGCAAGCAAAUCUCGAGUACAGUCCAAAUCAUACGCUCGCACAGAGCGGUGGAGAGGAGGAGAAGUCAUGA